AUGCCUAUAUUAUCCGAUCUUGUUGAUGAUUUUAAGCUUAUUGUUCGUUUCUCGGCAGAGUACACCUACCAUGAUGUUUUCGAAUCAGAUUCUGGAGAUGGUCAAUUAGUAAGGCGACGUCGGAAGGAGGAAAAAUGGAGGAGAGAAAGACACCUUGGGGAAGGGAGCUUUGGUGCUGUUUGGUUAGAACGGUGUCUGUCAGGUGAUAGUCAAGCCAAGUUUCGUGCUGUGAAGAUGGUACCAAAAGUAUCUCCCUUCUCCCAGGUUGUCGAUUACACGCGCGAGUUGGAAGCAAUUGCGAAAUUUUCCCUUCAGAAGGCUCUGGAAUAUGUCGCUAAUGUUAGUCAGUACAACGGUUUCUUUGUAAGAUCAUCUGGUUGGUAUGAAGAUGUGGAACAUGUGUUCAUCGCCAUGGAAUACUUCGAGCAAGGCGAUCUUCAGAAACACCUAGGCCGGCCACUUCCCGAACGAGAAUGCAAACAAAUUACUCAUCAACUACUUGAGGGCCUUGAACAACUACAUGUCAAUGGGUUUGCCCACCGAGAUCUAAAACCAGCAAAUAUAUUCGUUGUUAGGAGCAGUCCUACCUGGUGGGUUAAGAUUGGCGACUUCGGAAUCAGCAAACGUGUCAAUGACGAAAGCACAUUCCUUCGAACGGCGGUUGGUACACCUGGUUUCGUCGCACCUGAGGUUCUGGAAUCCGAUGAGCCGGAUGCUCAUUACGAUUACAAGGUGGAUAUCUGGUCGCUUGGUGUCAUAGCGCACUAUGCGAUCACUACAACACUUCCGUUCAGGGAUAAGGCCCACUUACGGAGUUAUUUACAAGACUCAUGUUUUCCCACGUCGGCUUUAAUCUCUCGCGGUGUCAGCCUCGAGUGUCGUGACUUCAUUAUGAAGGGUCUACUGGCUGCAACUGUUACUAGCAGACUGUCCGCAAGUGAUGCUCUACGGCAUCAGUGGUUGGAAGAUUUCUAUGCGUCACACACAACAGACAUUAAUACAACAGAUCUAGAAGGACAUUCAAGCGAUGCUUCUGCCUCACCUAAGUCUACGGACGCCUCAGCAAAAUGGAGUGCACUAACUGGGACUGAAUACCAAGAUGCACCACCAAUGAUAGGUCAGACUAGCAGAAUGGAGGAAUUACUUUCGGCCGUCCUUUCAUCUCCUAAUGGUAUGCAAGACCAAGACGAUGCCCUUUGGCACAGUCAUACAGGGCUUGAAUUCUUGUACCAAGCAGGUUCCUCCUUCUAUCGGCUUAAACAGUUCAAAGAAGCAGAGACCAUGUUCCACCGAACCCAGCAGGGGCAAGAAAAGGUUCUGGGAUAUGACCACGCGGACACGAUCAAUUCCGCACACUGGCGUGGACACUGUUUCUAUCAGCUCGAACUGUUCGAAGAAGCACACGUCAUAUUUCAUCGUGCUCUGCAAGGGCAAAAGAAGGUGUUGGGCCACAACCAUAUAGACACGUUCAAUUCCACACACUGGCUUGGGCGCUCUCUAUAUCAGCUCAAACGAUACGAAGAAGCAGAGAAUAUACUCCACCGAGCUCUACAAGGGCAAGAGAAGGUGCUGGGCUAUGACCAUGCAGACACGGUUAACUCCGCGCACUGGCUUGGCUGCUCUCUCUAUCAGCUCAAACGGUACGAAGAAGCUGAGAAUAUACUCCACCGAGCUCUACAAGGGCAAGAGAAGGUGCUGGGCCAUAACCAUGCGGACACGUUUAACUCCGCGCACUGGCUUGGCCGCUCUCUCUAUCAGCUCAAACGGUACGAAGAAGCUGAGAAUAUACUCCACCGAGCUCUACAAGGGCAAGAGAAGGUGCUGGGCCAUGACCAUGCAGACACGGUCAACUCCGCACACUGGCUUGGCCGCGCUUUUUAUCAGCUCAAACGGUUCGAAGAAGCAGAGGCCAUGUUCCGCCGAGUUCUAAAAGGGCAAGAGAACACCCUGGGCCAUGAUCAUGCAGACACAAUCAAUUCUGCACACUGGCUUGGUCUCUCUCUUUAUUACCAGAAACAGUAUGAACAGUCAGAGACCAUGCUGCGGCAAGCACUACAAGGCCAAGGGAAGGUGUUUGGCCGUGAUCAUGCUGAAACACUUUAUUCCGCGCACUGGCUUGGCCUCUCCCUCUACCAUCUGGAACGAUACAAAGAGGCAGAGGUCUUGCUUCGACAAGCUCUACAAGGUCAAGCGAAGGUGUUAGGCCGUGAUCAUGCUGAAACACUCUAUACUAUACACUGGCUUGGCGUCUCUCUUUAUUAUAUAAAGCAAUACAAAGAGGCAGAGGACUUUCUUCAACAAGCUUUACAAGGACAAGAGAAGGUGUUGGGUCAUGACCAUGCAGAUACUCUCAAUUCUGCACACUGGCUUGGUCAGUCUAUCUUUAGGCAGAAACGGUACAAAGAAGCAGAGACCAUGCUCCGACGAGCUCUACGAGGACAAUCGAAAGUGUUGGGCCGUGAUCAUGCAGACACAAUCAAUUCUGCACACUGGCUUGGUCUCUCUCUUUAUUACCAGAAACAGUAUGAACAGUCAGAGACCAUGCUGCGGCAAGCACUACAAGGCCAAGGGAAGGUGUUUGGCCGUGAUCAUGCUGAAACACUUUAUUCCGCGCACUGGCUUGGCCUCUCCCUCUACCAUCUGGAACGAUACAAAGAGGCAGAGGUCUUGCUUCGACAAGCUCUACAAGGUCAAGCGAAGGUGUUAGGCCGUGAUCAUGCUGAAACACUUUAUUCCGCGCACUGGCUUGGCCUCUCCCUCUACCAUCUGGAACGAUACAAAGAGGCAGAUGUCUUGCUUCGACAAGCUCUACAAGGGCAAGAGAAGGUGUUGGGUCGCGACCAUGCGGAUACCCUCAAAUCUGCACUCUGGCUUGGCCGGUCUCUUUUUAAGCAGAAUAGGUAUAAAGAAGCAGAGACCAUGCUCCGACAAGCUCUAACAGGGCAAGAGAAAGUGCUGGGCCAUGACCAUGCGGACACCCUCAAAUCUGCGCAUUGGCUUGGCCAGUCUCUUUAUGAGCAGAAACGGUACAGAGAAGCAGAGAAAAUGCUCCGACAAGCUCUAACAGGACAAGAGAAGGUGCUGGGCCAUGACCAUGCGGACACCCUCAAGUCUGCGCAUUGGCUUGGCCAGUCUCUUUAUGAGCAGAAACGGUACAAAGAAGCAGAGAAAAUGCUCGGUCGUUCUCUGCAAGGGCGAAAGCAGGUGCUAGGUCAGGACGACGCAAACACACUUCUCUCUGCAGAGUGGCUUGGCAAAUCUCUGUAUGAGCAGAAGCAAUACAAAGAAGCAGAGAAAAUGUUCCAUCAUGCCUUGCAAGGGCGAGAGAAGAUCCUUGGCCAAGACCAUCCGUCAUCACGGCACACCAAAACCUUGACCGACAAGGCACAUCGCCGAACUCGAUUCCCAUACAUUUAA